UCAGUCAGCCAAACAUUCAGCUAUUCAAUUAGUCAGAGAGUUCGUCUGUCUUUCAGUCCGUCAGGCAGUCAGUUAGUCAGUCAUUAAUUCCAUCAAUCAACGAGUCAUUCAGUUAGUCAGUCAGCCACGCACAAACAUUGAAAUUCAAUCAAAAUUCAUCAAACGCAAUGAAGAAGCGACUACAACGCAUAACUGGCCACGCAGCUGGAACACCAAAGACGACAACACUUGCCACUUGUUUGUGCUUCCGUGUUACGACUACAGCCAAAACAACAGCAACAACAACAACAACGAGGAGGAGUAGCGGAGCAACAACAUUGAAUGCGGCACGCGUUAAAGUGUUGAGCAUCAUCAUCUUCUCGACAUUCGCUGGCUGCUCGGCCAUUGGCUAUUCCUAUUCACGAUUCGAGGGUCCGGUGGUGGGGCCAGAGCAGCUGGUUCAAGUGCCCGACGCCUAUGGCGGUGGCACGCACUCCGAUUAUGUAGCACGGCCCGAAUACAGCUUUGCUUACGGCGUCGAAGAUGGUCAGACGCGUUUGCUGCAGAAUCGCAAAGAGACGCGCAACGGCGAUGCCGUCAAAGGUGUUUACAGCGUAGUCGAUCCUGAUGGCACCCUGCGUGUGGUCAAAUACACAGCUGACGAUGCCAACGGUUUCCAGGCUGAGGUAAUCACCAAUGGCAUUGGACGUUUGCAUGGCCAUGGCAACGGCGCCGCAGCUGUCGAUGAGCAAGUGGAGCACGAGCAAUCCAACGAGGUGCAGCCACAGGCAGCGGACGAUGAGGAAUAUGACGGCGAGGAGGAAGAAGGUGAGCAGCAUGAGGAAGAGACGCCACAGCAGGGAAAAGGACAGUACAAAGUGCAUGAAGACCACGACGAAGGAGAGGGCGAAGGUGACGAAGGUGACGAAGGCGACGGAGAGGAAGGCGGUGGCGAUCAUGAGGAGUACGAGGGCAGCAGCGAGGAAGGUUACGAGGAUGCCAAACCACAGCGUGAAGAAGAAGAAUCAGACAGCAGCGAAGAAUAUUAAAGCAAAGCAAAAUUACCCCAGUGCUAAAGUGAUCUAUGUGAUAUACCAAAAAAAACAAGAACCUGUCAAUGUGGUAUAUAAAUUCUGGUAUUUUAUGGUAUUUUUUAAUGAAUAUACAUAAAGCAUGAUUUAUGUAAGCUCACAAACUACUCGCCUACUUUAUAUGAAAAUC